AUGUUAAGCAGUUUUUUUAUUUUAGCAAAUACCGGCGAUAUUUUGAUUGAAAAACAUUGGAGAGGUUUAAUUAAUAGAUCAAUAUGCGAAUAUUUUUGGGAUCAAGUAUUACAAUCAAAACAAAAUGGUUCAAUGGUACCACCAGUAAUCUCAACACCAAAAUACUAUUUAAUUAAUAUUCAAAAACCACAAAUUUAUUUAUUAGGUGUUUUACAAUCAGAAGUAUCACCAUUACUAGUAGUAGACUUUUUACAAAGAAUAUAUGACACAUUUGUAGAUUAUUUUGGAUCCAAUAUAAGUGAAGCCACAAUCAAAGAUAAUUUCGUACAUGUAUAUCAAUUAAUAGAUGAAAUGACUGACAAUGGUUUCCCAUUCACAACAGAAUUAAACUUUUUAAAAGAAAUGAUAAAACCACCAGGUGUUUUAUCAAAUGUUUUAUCUUCAGUAACUGCCACAAGCAAUAUUACUGAUGUUUUACCAAAUGGUUCAUUAGGUGCAAUUCAAUGGCGUAAAACUGGUAUUAAAUAUACAGCAAAUAAAAUAUUUUUCGAUAUUAUUGAAGAAAUUGAUUGCAUUAUUGAUAGUAAUGGAUAUAUUGUUUCAUGUGAAGUUAAUGGUGAAAUUUUAGUACAUUGUAAUUUAAGUGGAAUGCCAGAUUUAACAUUAACAUUUAAUAAUCCUAGAAUGUUGGAUGAUGUUAGUUUCCAUCCAUGUGUAAGAUAUUCAAGAUGGGAAAAUGAAAGAGUUUUAAGUUUUAUCCCACCUGAUGGAAAUUUCAAAUUAUUAAACUAUCGUGUCAAGGGUAUUAAUCAACUCCCAAUUUAUGUUAAACCACAAAUUAGUUUUUCCGAAGGUGGUGGUAGAGUGAAUAUUACAGUUGGUCACAAGGGCUUCAAUAAUAAUAAAUUAAUAAUUGAGGAAGUUAUUGCAACCAUACCCUUUUCAAAAUCUACAAGCAGUGCCAACCUCACUGUUAACACUGGUUCAUUCAGUAUCGACGAAUCUACCAAAGUUUGUAGAUGGAAUAUUGGUAAAAUUCCAAAAGAAAAAACUCCAUUCCUUCAAGGUAGUGUCUCUUUAAUUGCUGGAUCUGCCCCACCAGAAUCGAAUCCUUCCAUUAUGCUUCAAUUCAGAGUCCCACAAUAUUCAAUCUCUGGUCUCAAUAUCGAAUCAUUGGCUUGCAGCGAAAAAUAUAAACCAUUUAAGGGUGUUAAGAGUGUAACAAAGGCUGGAAAAUUCCAAGUCAGAAGUUAA